GUCCUCCCGCCCCGCCGCUUGGUGGCGGCCGCAUGCUGCCCGGAUAUAAAGCGUCGGCCCCCCAUCCCAGGGACCAGCGAGCAGCCUCCAGAGGCUCUGGCUCUUGCUUCUUAGGCGGCCCGAGGGUGCCAUGGCCGAGUGCCCGUUACGUGAGGAGGAAGUCACCGACCACCCGGACCGCCUGUGGGCCUGGGACAAGUUCGUGUAUUUGGACGAGAAGCAGCGCGCCUGGCUGCCCUUAACCAUUGAGAUAGAGGAUAGGUUACGGGUGCUCUUGCGCCAGGAAGACAUCGUACUGGGGAAUCCCAUGACCCCCACCCAGAGAGGCCCAAGCUUGCUGCCUAUCUUGUGGCAGCUCUACCCUGAUGGACGAUACCGAUCCUCAGACUCCAGUUUCUGGCGCUUAGUGUACCACAUCAAGAUUGACGGCGUGGAGGACAUGCUUCUCGAGCUGCUGCCAGAUGACUGAGUGUCUCGCAGCACCGGUCUCCUUUCGCCCCAGGGCCUGAGUCGGGCCAGCCUACAGUGGGGAUGUUAUGUUUCUGUUCACCUUCGUUUACUACGCCUGUGUCUUCUCCUCCACCACGCUGGGGUCUGGGAGGGAACGGACACACAGAGGAUGAGCUCUCCCCAGGGCCUGCUGGACCUGCCCGUAGCCCACUCUGCUCCCCUCAGCACUACCACUCCUGCCAGGGAGGACUCCAUUUGGCAGAGCUUCUUCCAGGUGCCCACCUUUACCUGUGCCUCAGCUUUUCUCAGCUGGCUGAUGCUUUUCAGCCUCUUUCUGCCCCUGCUGUCCCUCACAGCACUACUGUUUCAUGUUGCACACCCCCUCAGCUCCGUGAACUUGUGAGAACACAGCCGAUUCACCUGAGCAGGGCCUCUGAGACCCCGGACCAGUGGUCUCACAUGGUGCUGUGCCUGCAAACCCUGCCUG